AUAAAUAAAUAAAUAAAUACAAAGUUUCAACAGAAACUGCCCGUCCAUCCUCAUCCUCAUCCUCCUUAUUCAAGCGCGACCCCGAGUCCCAAUCGUGCGCUCAUUCAAGCUCGCUCCCGAGUUUAGAGCGCACAACACGCGCAGGAAUGGCUGCGGCACGAGACCGGGAUUUAAUGCAAUAAUUCAACAUUUCCCGUCAAUUCCCAUGGUCUGCGAUUUGGGGAAGUAUUCAGAGAUCUUCUUAUGUCCCCUUCAGCACUUUUGUUCGAGUUCUCAGUCUCUCUAAUGUCUGAAUCCAUGGCUUUUGUUUGAGAAGACAAGACAGCGGAGAGUAACCGGGAAAGAAACACCCAAAUUGUCCGACCGUCUCUAUCUGGGAAAGUGAUUUAUUCGUCUCGUCGACUGCUGAGGGAUGUCGUCUGCACGGGUCGAUUAUAUCGCUCCUUGGUGGACUUACUGGCUUCAUCAGUUUCCUCACGUGAACCUAAGGUUUCAGCCGUUGGAUCACACGUUUAAACCGCAAGAUGAAAACUACCAGCAGUCGCUCAUCUUCCUGGGCUGUGUAGCAGCAGCUGGGCUCGGUGUGAACCUGCUGUGUCUGGCCAUCUACCUGAGCUGCCUGUGCUGCUGUCGGAAGGAUGAGGAGGAAGAGGAAAGUAAGAAAUCCAACUCUUGCUGUGUCACUUGGGCUGCUGUUGCUGCCGGACUCAUCUGCUGUGUUGCCGUGGGAGUUGGUUUCUAUGGAAACAGUGAAACCAAUGAUGGGGUUUACCAGCUGACCUAUUCUCUCUAUAAUGCCAAUCACACGCUGGCGGGAGUGGACAGUUUGGUCACCGGUACUGUGGGAGGCAUGCAGAGUGGCCUGAACGAGCACUUGUCUCGACUGGGCGAGAUCUUUGCUGCACGAGGAGACUUUGUGCAGACACUGCAGUUCAUGCAACAGAUGUCAGAAAACAUUAUUAAGCAGCUGCUUGGGCUUCCUGACUGGGAAAAGGCGAAAGUAGACCUGGCCGCCAUAGCUGAUCAGACAGCAUAUGUGGAAUAUUACAGGUGGCUGACAUACCUCCUGAUACUGAUCUUGGAUCUGGUCAUCUGUCUUGCUGCUUGUCUGGGCCUGGCCAAACAAUCUCGCUGGCUGCUCACUACGAUGAUGGUCUGCGGUGUUCUGACUCUGAUAUUGAGUUGGGCGUCUCUCGGAGCUGAUGUGGCCACUGCAGUGGGCACAAGUGAUUUCUGUGUUGCACCAGACAAAUUUCUGAUGAACCAAACAAAAGACGCGAUCAGCUCAGAUAUUGUGCAUUAUUACCUGUACUGCAGCCAGACACUCCCCAACCCGUUUCAGCAGUUUGUUUUGCAGUCCCUGACUGUCUUCCAGAGAUCGCUGACCACCAUGCAGAUCCAGAUCCAAGGUCUCCUGCAGUUUGCAGUGCCUCUGUUCCCCACAGCUGAGAGGGAUUUACUCAGUAUUCAGCAUUUAUUGAAUAAUUCAGAGGCCAGUUUACAUCAGCUCACUGCACUUCUAGACUGCCGAGGACUCAAUAAGGACUACCUGGACGCUCUGAUAGGUGUGUGUUAUGAUGGCGUGGAGGGGUUACUGUAUCUCUGUUUAUUCUCUCUCCUGGCAGCCUGUGCCUUCUCCGUCAUGCUGUGUGCCAUCCCGAGAGCAUGGCGACAGAUUGCCAACAGAGAUAGAGAUUACGAUGACAUUGAUGACGGGGACCCGUUUAACCCUCAGAGCCGGCGAGUGACGUCGCACCAUUCACAACAGGGCAACAUGCACAGCUUCUGCAGCUACAGUAGCAGCAUGGGCAGCCAGACCAGCCUGCACCCUCCAACACAGGCUGUGACCAACGCACCCCUGUCAGAAUAUAUGAACCAGUCUGCACUGUUUGGAGGAAACCCGCGCUAUGAGAACGUGCCUCUGAUCGGGAGGGGAUCUCCUCCUCCUUCGCUUUACUCUCAGCCAUAUAGAAACCGCUACUCUCCAACCAUGAGAGCCACCUACCUCUCCAUGACCGAAGACCAGAUCAGACACUUUGGGGAGGAUUUCCGAGCAUAGAACUGAUCUGUUGUCCUCUGGUGUAAGUCUUCACACGCUGGAAAUAAGGACAAAUGGAAAACUCUCACGCCAACAUGUGUGCGUGCCCAUCUUUGUUUUAAAGGAGCACAGCCUGCAAGGAGAACGUCAUUUUAAGAGCACUCAGUGUGUGUCCGUACAGGUGCUGGCAUGCGUGUGUGUGUUUGUCAAUCAUUCUGAUGGUGCGACGCUUCUUUUCCCUCACUACUGACACAUUUGUGAGGUGCUGAAAUAUCCUAUCUCUAAUAAUCUGUUAUAUUUGUACGUUUACACCAUAUUUUUUCAUCAAAUAGACUGUUUGUCUUCCCUAUUGCCUUUUCAACUGCAGAAACUGUUCGAAGUGGGUAACAAAAACUAUUUUGGACCCACUUUAUAAUAAGUGUCUUUAACUACUACAGUACGUACUAACAUUUAAAUUAUUCAUUUAAUGCAGUGCAUUUGUUGUGUACAUGCAUGUCUUUUUAUAUAUAUAUAUAUAUAUAUAUGUAUAUGUGUGUGCAUGUAAUUACAUCUGUAAUUUAUUUUCUUGCAUCUUUUGCAUAAAUUACACUGUUAACCUUUGAAACUAACCAUACCAUGAAAUCUAUCCCUUACCUUAACUCCAUCCAAUCUCAAUUGCAAGUGUUCUAAAAUACAAAUUGAACACAAACAGUACAUUUAGUAUCAUAUACUCUACAAUAUUUAUUAAUAAUAUAUUUUAGUUGACAGAUAAAAAUUGGAUUGUGUCCUACGAUGUGACAAAAAUGUAGAAUGUAGAAAUUUUUUUACAUACAAAUAAUAAAUUGUAUCUUCAUUCUUAAAGUUACAAAUAGCAUGAGAGAGGUUUAUAUUCAAUGUUAGAGGUGUGUGUGUGUGUGUGUAUAUAUAUAUAUAUAUAUAUAUAUAUAUAUAUAUAAUGCAUAAUUACAUGCAAGAAACCCUAAGACAAACCCUAACCCUAACCAUAUAGUAAGUGCAUGUAGUUAAUUAAAAUGACUUAAUACCUAAAGGUAUAAUUACACUGUAACAAGGACACCUUAAAAUAAAGUGUAACCCUUUUUCUAAUAUAUAUUAUUUUUAAAUCUAAUUGACUUUCAUUUCACCUUUCAAUGACUGAAAAUUAUUUCUAAUUAAUUUUAGUUAAUAACAACACUGACACAAACACUUGAUUGUUUUUUUUUGUUUGUUUUUUUUCAUAAGUACAUAGUAGUUAAAGACAACUAAUAUAAAUAUAGUGGGACCACUAUUUUUUAGGCAUAGAAAUUGAGCAUUUCUUACCGGAGUACAUAACCUUAUAAAGGUUACACAUUUGCCAUUUUAAAGAUUGUGUACAUAUUAAGUGUGGACACUGGUUGAAGUAUUAAUAUUCUGUGCAUUGGACAUUUAGUCCUACAUAGUGUACAGCAUUGCUAGCAUCAUCAUAGUAGGUUUGCUAGGUACUUUUCUAAGCAGUUGCUCAUGAAAAGGUGUCGCACGUUUUUUUAGCUACUGUGCAGUGUGGACUUCAUGGACAUGUCAUCACUUUUUAUGAUGGCUAACUGUACAGAUACUAAUGCAUCUUCUUAUUUUGAAGUGAAGCCUGUUUUGUUUUCUAAAUGUGUUUUGUGCCAAGAAUGGAAGCAUGUUUUGUGCCUCUAACGUUUUCUUUGUCUUUCAUUAUUUUUUUUUCAGUGAGUGACCGUGUAUCUAUGGGAGCAGGAAAUAAAAGCUUUUCUGUUUGUUUUUUAUGCAUGUAGAGGCAUUUUAAGCACAACGGGAUCAAAAAUCAUUCCACAAGUGAUGUUUCUGACAUCCUGAGAGACAUUUACCUCAUUUCCAGCAGGCACAAAUGAGGAGUCAUUUUACUUGGAACUUAAAAUCGCAGAUCUUCUCAUAUCAACUCUAGAGAGCACUCUGAGCCAAUUUCUUCCCAUGAUGCAAAUGCAUAUGCUUUGUAUUAAUCUGUUGACCAGCUGUAAAUAACCUGUAUGAUAACCAAUGUUGUGUGAUUAUUUGUAUUUCUUUCUUUGCUCCAUUCUUGUGUGCCAUUUUCAGUAUGUUGUUUGAUAAAAUCAGCUACUUGGA